AUGGAGAGAAGUAAGAAGAGUCACAAACCAACACCUUCAUCUCAUGAGUAUACUGAGCGGAGAAUACAGAGACAAAUCAAUCAGAGAACCACCGUUCAACAACAAUUGAUAGCAGAGAAGAGAGGUUCACUCAUUGUCACUCCUCAAUACUCGAAUGAAAUCAAUGCAAUUAAGAAUAAAAUAGAUAGUAAUGAAAAGAAAGAUGCAAUAAUUAUGUUAAGAUGUCUUUUAUCUAUUAGUGAUUACUCUACGAUCAAUCCUGUAAUUGAUGCGGUGAUCAAUGAUGAAUAUGUGCUGGGAUUCAUCAUUGACAUGCUAGCAGACUCUAGAAAUGAAGUGUUUCAAGCAGAGGCAUCUUGGUGUAUAACAAACAUUGCCGCUGGAAAUACAUCACAAACCAAAUCCAUCAUUAGUACAACACCACUUCUUAUAAACUAUCUAUCAUCUAAAAAUAAUAUAUUAGAAGAACAAUGCUCUUGGGCAUUACUUAACAUUGCAAAUGAUAAUCAAGAAUAUAGAGAUACUCUUGUAGCACAAGGUAUUAUUAAUCCUUUAGUAAAGUUAUUUAAAUCUGAUAUAUCAAGAGUAACAGUAUUGAAUUGUUGUUUUCUAAUGAUGAGAUUGAUAGAGCACAACUACACAGCAUUCAAAUCACUUAUAAAAUAUGAUAUCUUCAAUGAACUAAAGUUAAAACUGAUACAAUAUUUAGAUAAUAUAGAAAAGAAUAAAUCAACCAAUAAUAAUAAUAAUAAUAAUAAUAAUAAUAUCGAUAGUAAUAAUAGUGAUAAUAAUGUUAUAAUAGAAAUAUUAUGGUUGUUAAAUGACUUUUUAGAUUAUACAGAGGUGUUUAAUUGGAUUAUUAAAGAAAACUAUUUAGAUUUGUUCGUUUGUAUAUUGGAUUACAAUGGAACGAAUAGCGUGGAACUAAGUAGACCUGUAGAGAUUGUCACUCCAUUGGUUAGAAUACUCGGCAGAAUAUUCUCAAAUGCAAACCUAUCAUAUACAAUCUCAAAGAGCUAUACAGAUCAACUUUUAAAGAUAAUACAUCUACUUUCAAUUUAUAUAAAAUCAUAUAAAAUAAUGUUAAAAGAAUCAAUUUAUUUAAUAGGUAAUAUAUUUGCAUUGAGUCAAUCAAUUGGUGGUUUAACAAUGUCAGAGAUAUUCUUCAAGGAAGGCUAUUCAGUGGUUUUGGAAUCAUUUUUGGAGUUUGAUUUAGAUACUUUGGUUGAAUCGAUGUAUUUAAUUCACAAUCUAUCAAUCGAUGACAAUCAAGGUCAAAGAGUAUACAUUUCAAAUCUACUACGUGCAAUCACCAGCAAACAUCCACUUUCAUCAUCGUUAUCCGGUAGACUUCCAGAGGAAAUCUAUAAUAAUUUAAAUGAGCUAUUAUUAGCCAAUAUUUAA